CUACUUUUUAUUUUCGUUCAACGUUAAAUAGAUGGCUGAUGAAAUUUCUCCACGCAGUUUGUUGUUAGUGGUUUUACCUGCGUGUGUUUCAACCGGUUCAGUUUGUUGUUGUUUGUGUUUGCUUAAUUUAUUAAAUCCUUUCGCUUUGUCCGUCACGGAUAGAAUUUUUUAAAUUGAAAUUUCAUUGUUUUCUACGUAACAGAUUUGUUUUAAAAAUAUAACGAAGGUAAAAAUAGGAAUCUUCGUAACAUAAACGUUUAAGGAACUGUAGAACCAAAUCACAGGAACGUGUUGAGCUCGAUACUUUGUGACUAUGAGAUUACAUCUGUUUGUAUUCAUUGAAAUACUUGGACAUUCUAAAGUCCAUACGUCGGACAUCUGUAGCAGUAAAUGUGAUGAGGACAUCACCUCCAGGACUGUGUCCUAUCCCCUGCCGGGUAAAGUGGACAUCGUGACGUCAUGCGGACGGGGAAACUUCUGGAACCAGACUGGGAACAGAUGUCACCCAUGUCAGGCUGGAACAUUCAUGACAUUCAAGAUGGCGGAGAUAACGUUAACUGCUUGUCAGCCAUGUGCUAAACCGAGUGAGAAUGAAAUAAUAGAAACCGGCUGCAGCUCGACAAGAGACAGUACCUUGACCUGUGCAGGAGGGUAUUACAACAAACCCGGACAGUGCUGGUGUGAGUGGGCAUGCGCAGCGUGUGACGCGACGUGUGGAUACGGCGAGAACUUGUACUUUGAGCACGAGGCCAGACCGUGCACCGUUGCGCACAACCGGAAGUGCUGUUCGGACCCGGGCAUGACGGUUAAAGAUGGCGACUGUGUGCCGGUCGAGACGACAACAUUGUCAACCACGACGCUUGAAGACGCCUUAACAAGCAGAAGAAACGUGACCAAAACAAGAGACAUAGUAGUCGUACACAAUAAAACCUCAGGGAUAAACACACAUUCCCAUUUGUGGAAUGUUCUAGUGUGUGUUACUGUGAAAUUCAUAAUAUAUAUGAACUUUUAGUGAUGAAAAAAGGCAUAGACGGGGAAAAGUUAUAAGGCGAACUAAUUGGUAGCUAUGUAUAUACUAGCUGCAUACCCGUGCUCCGCCACGGUAAAUCUUUUUAAAUGUACCAACUUGGGAA